UUAUGUUGGAUCAUGACAGGACCCAAGAACCUGGAAUCCCGAACCAACCACAUCAGAGCAACAUGGGCCAAGCGCUGUAACAAAGUGUUGUACAUGAGCUCCACCAAGACUGACUUCCCCACUGUGGAGCUGAAUGUGAGUGAGGGGAGGGAAAACCUGUACUGGAAGACCAUCCGAGCCUUUCAGUACAUCUAUCAGAACCACCUGGAUGAAGCAGAUUGGUUCCUGAAAGCAGACGAUGAUACCUUCAUAGUCAUAGAGAAUCUCCGCUACACCUUGUCCAAAUAUGAUCCAGAGAAGCCAUUGUACGUGGGCAGAAGGUUUAGCCCUUUCAUCGCUCAAGGCUACAUGAGUGGAGGAGCAGGUUAUGUACUCAGUAAGGAAGCAGUGAGAAGAUUUAACAAAGGGUUCCAGACUGGGGAAUGUACCCACUAUUCCACACUAGAGGACGUCGCUAUGGGAAAAUGUAUGGAGACAAUGAAGGUGGAGGCAGCAGACUCCAGAGACGUGAAGGGGAGACAAGUAUUUCAUCCUUACCCUCCAGACCGUUACGUAGUGAAACGUCCCCCAAGACCACGGCCUUUGUAUCCGCUUUAUGACUACUAUACUCCAGUAGAAGGUCCAGGGUGCUGUUCAGAUUUUGCUGUGUCCUUUCACUACAUUUAUGCAGUCCAGAUGUAUGCUUUGGAGUACCUGACACAUCAUCUGCGGCCAUAUGGAUACAAAUACAGAUUUAAUCCUGAUGAAAGAACUGAAAUUAAAACCACAACUAAGUCCAAGUAA